ACACUUCCUCUCUUGUUGCAGUCGGAUGUUGGGUUUAGAGUAUCAGUCUAAAAGAGGUUAUAUUGGGUUAGAAUACUAUGGACGGACAGUAGGCAUCAAGAUUAUGCCCGUCGGGAUACAUAUGGGUCAUAUUGAGUCCAUGAAGAAACUUGCAGCGAAAGAGUUGAUGCUUAAUGCGCUAAAGCAGCAAUUUGAAGGGAAAACUGUGUUGCUAGGUGCCGAUGACCUGGAUAUUUUCAAAGGUAUAAACUUAAAGCUUCUAGCUAUGGAACAGAUGCUCAAACAUCACCCCAAGUGGCAAGGGCAGGCUGUGUUGGUCCAGAUUGCAAAUCCUACGAGGGGUAAAGGAGUAGAUUUUGACGAAAUACAGGCUGAGAUAUCGGAAAGCUGUAAGAGAAUCAAUAAGCAAUUCGGCAAGCCUGGAUAUGAGCCUAUAGUUUAUAUUGAUAGGCCCGUGUCAAGCAGUGAACGCAUGGCAUAUUACAGUAUUGCAGAAUGUGUUGUUGUCACGGCUGUGAGGGAUGGGAUGAACCUAACUCCGUAUGAGUACAUUGCUUGUCGACAAGGAAUGUCUGGCUCAGAAGCAGAUUCAGAUGUAGAUGAACCUAAGAAGAGCAUGUUAGUUGUAUCUGAAUUCAUUGGGUGUUCACCUUCACUGAGUGGGGCCAUUCGAGUCAACCCGUGGAAUGUUGAAGCAACUGCCGAGGCAAUGAAUGAGGCUAUAUCUAUGGCUGAACCAGAGAAGCAGCUACGACAUGAAAAGCAUUAUCGUUACGUUAGCACCCACGAUGUUGCUUAUUGGGCAAGAAGCUUCUUGCAAGAUAUGGAGAGGACUUGUAUGGAUCACUUUAGAAAAAGAUGCUACGGCAUUGGUUUGGGCUUUGGGUUCAGAGUUGUGGCCCUUGACCCUAACUUUAGAAAGCUUUCAAUUGAUGAUAUUGAGUCAGCUUAUAUUAAGUCUAAGAGCAGGGCCAUAUUCCUCGACUAUGACGGAACUAUGAUGCCUCAGAAUUCUCUCAUUAAGUCUCCAAGUCCUGAAGUUAUCUCAAUCCUGAAUAAAAUUUGUGGUGAUCCGAACAAUACUGUCUUUAUCGUUAGUGGAAGGGGAAGGGACAGCCUGAGCAAAUGGUUUUCUCCUUGUAGGAAACUCGGUCUUGCAGCAGAACAUGGCUAUUUUGUGAGAUGGUCACAAGAUCUGGAAUGGCAAACAUGCAGUCAGAACUCUGAUUUUGGUUGGAUGCAUCUUGCCGAACCAGUAAUGCAAUCCUAUACAGAUUCUACAGAUGGAUCUUGCAUUGAAAAAAAGGAAAGUGCUAUAGUGUGGCAGUAUCGUGAUGCGGAUACCGGCUUUGGGUUUUCUCAGGCAAAGGAGAUGCUUGAUCAUCUAGAGAGUGUUUUAGCAAAUGAACCUGUUGCUGUCAAAAGUGGGCAGUUCAUUGUGGAAGUCAAACCUCAGGGUGUCACCAAAGGUUUAGUUGCAGAAAAAAUCUUCACAUCGUUGGCAGAGAAAGGGAAAAUGGCAGAUUUUGUGCUUUGCAUUGGUGAUGAUCGAUCUGAUGAGGAUAUGUUUGAGAUCAUCGGUGAUGCUUUAUCCAGAAAUAUUCUUUCUUAUGAUACCAAAGUAUUUGCCUGCACAGUGGGACAAAAACCAAGCAAAGCUAAAUAUUAUUUGGAUGACACUUCAGAGGUUAGACUUAUGCUAGAGUCUCUUGCUGAAGCAACUCUUACUCCAGCGACUUCUGAUGAAGAAGCUGACAACUCGGAUUGAACGUAAGCUGAUAAUAGCCUUGGUUUUGUUUGGUUUCCUUCUUACUGCAUAUAUACAUAUUCCAGGUUGGGCCAGUGACUUUUGUCUCUUUCAUAGUUAGCUUUAGGUUUAAGAAACUGGAAUUACAAAUUCCGCUCAUCAUUCUUUCCUUUUGACAUUGAUCCAUUCUUUUACCCCUUGCCUGGAAUUAUCUUGUGUGAUAAGUGGAGUACUGAAGUUAGAAACUGCCAAAAUUCUCGAGUCCAAUGAACAUUUAGGGACCCAUUAGAAGGAAGGAAACGAGGCACAGAUGAGAGGCAUGGUAUCAACUAUUUUACAAAAUAGGCAGCGAAUUUUGCUGAACUGAAACUUUUGACCACUCCUGAAUUAUGCUGGAACGAAUAAAGAGCUGACGUUUAUUGCGGUGGAUAAGCUUAUUUUGAAGGUUGUCUUGUGACUGCUUGACAUCAAAGAAAUACAUUUGGGUUUAUGUAAGAUUUCAGGUUAGACAAGAAUUGUGUUGAUGGACAUGGAAUCUGUUGUGGUAAAUAAGCAUCAACAUGUGGAUUGAGGCGAUGGUAUUUUGGCGAUCUUAUUGUACAGACUCUUAGGUGAUGAAAGGGAUGUAUUAUCUCGAUUUCUUUUUUGGUUCAUUUGGAAAGUAUUGUGUGGAUACAGGUAAUGCAAUAAUAUUUCCUAUAAAUUGGUAAACCUUCUGGUGUUUUACUAAUGAUAAAACUCACUUUCUGGUGUCAAGCAUUCA